AUGACUAUCGUCUGUGCUAUCUCCGGUGAAGUCCCCGAUGAUCCGGUGUUGUCCAAGACAGGAUACGUCUUCUCCCGUCGACUGAUUGAGAAGGCCCUAACGGAGAAUGGCGGUAAGUGUCCAGUGACCGGCCAAGACCUGGAUAAGGAGACCGACCUCUACCCCAUUCACGCUAACUCGGUGGUCACGCCUCGUCCCGCGACCUCCUCCUCCAUAUCGUCGAUGCUGCACGAUUUUCAAAACGAGUGGGACAAUCUAAUGCUGGAAACGUAUAAACUGAGAGAGUCUUUAACGACCACGAGGGCUCAGCUAUCCCAGACUCUAUAUCAGCAUGAGGCCGCCUGUCGUGUGAUAUGCAGGCUUGCCAAGGAAAGGGAUUUGGCUGUGUCCAGAGUGAGGCAGCUAAGCUCAGACCUUGCUAAGGCACGGGCUGGUGUUGGCAUGGAGACUGAUGUGCCUAUGACCGAGGGAGGAGCACAAGACGAGAAUACUGCGGAUGCUUUCAUACAGGAAGCAGUAGCUGUGUCUGAGAAGCUGAUGGGAGGCAGGAAGAAGCGUAAGCACCCUAAGCUUGCCAAGGAGGAUGCAGUGAAGUAA